CUCACUCUCUCCAAGAAAAAGAUGAAGGCGAAGGCAGGGAAGAUAGAACUGGAGCAAUAUGUCCACUUCUACUUGGAUCCAGGCCGUUCCUACGCCUCUCUCGCCCAUCUCAAGCAGAUCGUCACCAUGCACGGUUUGAACCAGCUCCAUAACUGUCCCAAGAGGCAUAUCAUCGAAUGCUUGGAGUCCAUCGAAACGAUGUCGCCGGCCAGGAAGACCCUCGAGAAGAGCGUCACGUCCCGUGCCUUCUUGUUGGCCGACGAGGUCGUCGCCGACCUCACCGACAUCGGCUGGGAGGAGUGCCAUGUCCGAUCACUCCUCACUCUCGAUCCUCGGUCCGGUGCCGUGGUCGUGCACGAGCUCGAGGUCCCAGCCGACGGAAUCGGUGGCUUCUCGCCAGCGGCCGUCCUUCCAUCCGUCGCGCCACGCAGAGAGCGCCAUCAGAGGCGCGGGAGGAGCGCGCCGGCCGCUGACUUCGAGAUCUUGAAAGGGCGGCCGAGGUCCAAGCGGAAGCACAUCUCCAUCAACGCCAUCAGCCCGACCUCCUCCACCACAGCCGCAUCGGGCGCAGUCGGGGCGUCACCGUCCACAUGGACGUCUAUCCCUCCGCCUCCAUCCCCGCAGUCGGAAUAGCCGUAUCCGUCGACCACGUGAACGCCGCUUCUUCUGCCUAUAGAAGUGGAAGAAAAGCAAAAGGGUAGCGCUGAUGCGAUCAUAACCGUCCGAUUCGGUUUGCCACGCCUAGCUUUUAUUCAUCUUCUCUUCCUGUUUCGUUUCUGUUAAGGUCUCUCUGACACAUACAACAUAUACUCUUCUCGUAACCACUGUUGCUCGUGUAGGCAUUUUGGACGGCAUCAACUAUUAU